GGUUUGUUUACGUUUUGCUAUAAGUAUUAUCACUAUUUGGUUAGUGGUAUUAUCUCGAUGUCUGAAGAAGAGGAUGAUUACAUGUCCGACAAGUUCUUGUCAGGCCUGCAAGAUGUGCGGCCCAGCUUGGUGAACAAUCGAGCAAAAAAGCGACUGAUCCGAGUGGAAUCAGAGCAAGCGGAAAACAGUAAACGGCAGCGUGAGGCAGCAAAUGCUUCGACAGCGAAUAAUGUUCGGCUUCAAGAGUCGCUCAACAAGCCCAUUGCUGCGGACAACAAAGGCUUCCAGCUGCUGGCCAAAAUGGGCUACAAAGCAGGCAGUGGAUUAGGCAAACAGGCAGACGCACGCAUUGAGCCCAUUGGGAUAAGCUUCAAAAAUGAUCGUGGAGGACUGGGCCGUGAGGCAGCAAUAGCCGAGCUAGCAGCUAAGCGACAGGAACUGCGGUUACGAAAAGCAGGCAUUCAAUCUGUUGAGGAAAUCAGCACUGAGGCAUAUCGACGCCGAGCUACACAAAAAGCAGAAGAACGGAAGCUCAACUACGAUAUACGACGUUGCCAACAAACGUGCGAGUCCUUGGAUUUAGCAGCAAGCGUCAGAGAACCAGAGCUGGACUUUUUCUGGCCCCCAAAACCCAUAGAACCAAGCAUCGAGACAGAAGGAGAUGAGCCUGUCGAAAAACAAGCAGAGUCAGAGGAAGAGAAAGAAGAGCUAUACAGUGGGGCGGAGCAGUUAGAGCUUCUCACAAGCUACUUGCGCACGGCCUAUACAUUCUGUUAUUGGUGUGGAACGCAUUACGAGAGCAUUGAGGAUUUGGACAGAAAUUGUCCGGGUGAGACACGGGAUGAGCAUUAGCUUAAAAUCUAUUUUCAUUAUAUCAUUAAAU